CGCAGUGCACUCUCCGGGGUUGGCGCUUGCAAUACAUAAAGCGAUGCAGGAAGGCGGUGCCAAUGAGAGCCCGACAGCAGCCAUCGCGGAGCCGGAGCCUGACCCGGGAUCGAGAGAGACGCCCGAAAAGCAACCCGAGGCGGCCAAGAUGGUGAAGACCGUGGGAAGCCUGGAUGAAUUCCGGACACAACUGGCAGAUAAUGAUGGAAAACUCAUAGUCAUUGAUUUCUCCGCCACAUGGUGUGGACCAUGCAAAAUGAUCAAACCUUUUUUCCAUAGUCUUGUUGAAAAGUACCCAGAUGUAGUGUUCAUUGAAGUUGACGUGGAUGACGCUCAGGACGUUGCUGCACACUGUGAUGUGAAGUGCAUGCCAACAUUCCAGUUCUACAAAAAUAAUGAAAAAGUGCAUGAAUUCUCUGGUGCAAACAAAGAGAAGCUGGAAGAAACCAUUAAGAACCUAAAGUAAUAAUUGAUUCUGGUUCAUGAAGUGCGACUGUUAAAUUAUAGCCUUUUCUAUAUUACAGAUUCAACCCAGUUAGCACAUGUGCCCAAACAUACUUUUGACCCUUCCAACUGUAAAUGAAAAUAAAAAUGUAUAAACAA